AAAAAGAAAAAAAAAUGGCAAAUUUUGUUCUUAAGGUUCCAUGUAUUUUGAGGAGUUUUACUGUGUCUGCUUCAUCCAGUCCUAAUGGGGCUCCUUCUGGUGUUUCUGGAAGAAGUUCUGGUGGUGGUGGUCCAGUGAUUUUGGAACUUCCUAUAGAUAAGAUAAGAAGGCCUCUGAUGAGAACUAGAUCAAAUGAUUCAAACAAAGUUCAAGAACUCAUGGAUAGUAUUAGUCAAAUUGGUCUUCAAGUUCCUAUUGAUGUGCUCGAGGUUGAUGGAAACUAUUAUGGUUUCUCUGGCUGUCAUCGGUAUGAGGCACAUCAGCGACUUGGACUCCCUACCAUACGCUGCAAAAUACGGCGUGGUACAAAAGAGACUCUAAGGCAUCAUAUGCACUAAAACAUCUGAUCUUUUUAUCAUUUGGAGUUGGUACAUGCCAAUUACGAUUAGUGGUUCUAUUCCAUGUUAUGACAGGAGUCUCUUUCUCUUGCUUCUGAAAGCAUAUAGUGAUUCCAGUUUGAUCAUAUAUAUUAUGGGUGUAUACAUAUAUGAAGAUGCAAACGUUUCUUUUUAAUGAUCAAUAAUACAUUGCACUGUUACUACUACAAGGAAUACAAUUCAUUCAUAAUCCAGUUUCUGUUACUCCUUGUGCAAGUUAUGUGUCAUAUCUGUAAUUUCAACCUGAAAUUCAUUGUAAGAAUGCAAUAUUUUAGCCAA